CACCUGCUGUCCGCUGAGGGGACUGCAGCACCCCUGAACCCUCCGAAACGCUGUCACCAUGACAACAUGCUUCAGGAGGGAUGAUGGGAUUGUGUGUGUGACGUGAAGAACAGGAUGAAGAUGUUCGGCCGAUCCCAGAAGGGAUUCGUACCAUUUUCCAAAUCAUGUCCUUUUAAUACAAUACAGGUUCACAGCAGUAAACGGGAAAAUAACAGUGUUGAUGAUGUAUAAAACAGUCUAGUGCUGUCAAAUGAUUAAUCUCAAUUAAUUGCAUCCAUAGUAAACAACUCUGUUUGCAUAAUACAUGUGUAUACUGUGUGUAUUUAUCAGACACACACACAUGCAUGCAAGAAAAAAUAAUUUAAAUAAAUGCUGUAUAAAGUAUGUGUGUUUUUAUAUAGAGACAAAGUGAAUAUACACAGUAAACUUUUGUUUUUGAUGCGCUCGUAUGUUUGCAGAUAUUUAAGAAACGUGCUUCGUUCACAUACUUGUUUAUCAGAAAAACGGUGCUACUGUCAAUCAUUUUCCUUUGAACAUGUGCGCUCCGGCCCAGAACGCAGGACUUUGUUUUGGUUUGUGAAACCCGCCCACUGCUCGUUUACCCAAUCGUGUUCCGGAACCCCGGGUUGCCAGUCGGUGGAAAACACAGCGCAUUUAAUUUUAGUCAUGAAAGCGUGAUCUGGCAACCUGUGCGUGUGCGUCAAGUCUGGGUAGGAGGGGCCAGGUGAAAAAAACCUCUGCAAUAUGGACUGCAAUACAUAGUUCACCCACUCUGUGUCAGUCCUACAUACAGCACCUUUAAUCAUUUGACAGCACUAAUACAGUUUAAACAAUAUAUCAGAAUAUUUUUGCAAUGCAAUCAACAACUGUAUUUUAUUGCUUCCUAACAGGCUUUGUUUGCUUUAUUGUGAACUGUUUUGGGGAACUUUUACGGAACGUAAUGUGUUCAAUUACUUUAAAGUUGCUUUUUGUCACCUAUAACAAAACUCCCAAAAGUUAUAGUCACUGUGGAUUUCUGUGUGUGAGUGUGUGUGUGUGUUACAUCAGAGCAGAGGUUAAAGGUCACAGUGAAGGAGCCUACAUGCGAGUCACUCCGAGAGACUUACUGAGUGUGUGUGUGUGUGUGUGUGUGUGUGUUUUCUCUGCAACAUCGCUCUCAGGAACAGAUGGAAUGUAUUUCCUGCACACCUCCGCCAAACAUAAAAAGAAAGAGCAAAGGAAGAACUACACCAAAAACAGCAUCAACAGCCUGACGGACACGUCACAGUACCAUGUGGAGCAUCUGACCACGUUUGUGAUGGACCGCAAGGAGGCGAUGCUGACCAUCGACGACGGCAUCAGGAAGCUGCGUCUGCUGGACGCCAAAGGGAAGGUCUGGACGCAGGACAUGAUCCUGCAGGUGGACGGGAAAGCCGUCAGCCUCAUGGACCACGACAGCAAGAACGAGCUGGAGAACUUUCCCCUGGCCUCGAUCCAGCACUGUCAGGCCAUGAUGAACGCCUGCAGCUACGACUCCAUCCUGGCGCUGGUGUGUAAGGAGUCCGGUCAGGGCAAACCGGACCUGCACCUGUUCCAGUGCGACGACAUCAAGGCCAAUUUGAUCCACCUGGACAUCGAGAGCGCCGUCAGCGACCACAAGGGCGGGAAGGUCAAGAAGCGUCCGGAGGUGCUGAAAAUGAUCCUGAAGAGCGACGGGACCAUCCCUCCGCCCCCAGGAGGCCCCGCCCCCGAGCCUCCAGGAGCUGUCAAUCAAACAGACGGAAAGAGCCGAGUGGCCAGUUGGACGGCGUGGACCACUGAGCAGCAGGAGCAUGAUCCACAGAGACAUUACACCGAGCUGGACGGCUCUCCUGAGAUGAGUGCAGCUCAAGUGGACAGAGAUGUGCAAAUCCUCAAUCACAUUCUGGACGACAUCGAACACUUCGUCACCAAACUGCAGAAAGCCGCCGAGGCCUUUAACGAGCUCUCAAAGCGCAAAAAAACCAAAAAGAGCAAAAAGAAAGGACCAGGAGAGGGAGUUUUGACGCUGAGAGCUAAACCUCCGUCUCAGGACGAGUUUAUCGACUGCUUCCAGAAGUUCAAACACGCCUUCAACCUGCUGGGGAAGUUGAAGAACCACAUUCAGAACCCCAGCGCUGUGGAUCUGAUCCACUUCCUGUUCAACCCUCUCCGAUUGGUGAUCCAGACGUCUGGAGGGGUGGAUCUGGCUAAAAGCGUGAUCGUUCCUCUUCUCACCAGAGAAGCCAUUGACUUCCUGCACUCGGCGGGUUCGGCGGAGGAGAGACACCUGUGGGUCACGCUGGGGGACGGAUGGACCAAAUGCAGGUUGGAGUGGCCGAAGGAUCACCCGUUUCCUCCGCACACGCUGCGUUUUCGUGACGGCUGGGAGCCGCCGGUGCUGGUGUCUCGAGAGCAGGACGUGGCUCAGCUAGCGGAGAGACUCGGAGCGGCACAGACCGAGAGACCUGCAGACAGACCCCCGCUCGACCAGCCGGUGGUCCAGGACUUCCCCGGAGCAGACGGGUACGGCUACAGUCACACCUCUUACAAGCGUUUGCACCUGCUGGAGCCAGACAUGGCCGUGGCUGCUUUUAAACACGCGGUCAGCCGUCAUGUAGAUAGGAACCUGGAGGCUCACGGCCGGACGCAGAGGAACUUUGCCAAAUCCAGAUAUGACUUUGUGGCCAGAAACAACACCGAGCUGUCUGUGAUGAAAGACGAGGUGGUGGAGGUGCUGGAUGACAGGAAGCAGUGGUGGAAGGUGCGAAACGGGUCAGGCGCUACAGGAUAUGUGCCAAACAACAUCCUGGAGAUCAGCAGGGCAGUGGACAUGACGGGCCGCGGGGAGCCCAUCUACAGCCACACCAUACAGAAGCAGCGCUCCGAUUAUGUGCCCAAACCGGUGGUGACGGAAGCCCCGCCCACCCCAGUGGCCCCGCCUCCCCCGCCCCGGUGCAGAUCCCCACCCCGCCCGCUGCCGCCCACAUCCACAUCCGCAUCCACAUCCGUCCAACGUCAGGACACACCACCGGCCGACAGCCAGCAACACAAUAACAACAGCAGCGAGAGUGAAGCCGUGACCAUGAGAGAACAUCAGAAAGAGAGACCCCCUCCUGCCAGCCGCCGGAAGUCCAACAUGGAGGAGGUUCAGGACGAGCUGAUGCACAGACUGACGCUGGGUCGCAGCGCUCAGAAGAAGUUCCAGGCUCCGUCUCGAUCCGCCAGCCUGCCGGCGGUCAACAUCACGUACGACUCCACGCCGGACGAGGUCAAGGCCUGGCUGCAGCUCAAAGGCUUCAGCGAAGUGACCAUCACCAGCCUGGGUGUGCUGACCGGCGCUCAGCUCUUCUCUCUGAACAAAGAUGAGCUGAAGACCGUCUGUCCUGAUGACGGCGCUCGGGUCUACAGCCAGAUCACCGUCCAGAAAGCUGCGCUCGAGAGGAGCGCCGCCUCGGAGCUGCAGGAGGUCAUGAGGAGGCGGCAGGAGAAGCUGGCGGCGACGGCGAGCGAUUCGGGCGUGGAGUCCUUCGACGAGGGGAGCAGCCACUGACCCCUCUCUCACCUCUGUCACCUCUGACCUUUUGCAGGACGCCGUGGAGCGCGCUCAGUUCGCCGCCAUAAUGCGCCGCCGCCAAGAACUCUUGGACCCGUCCGAUAACGGAACCGGAUCGGACGCGGACGAACAAGCGUGACGGGAGGCGAGAGGAAGUUCGCUUUCUUGUAGAGACGUGAACGUUGCUGCAGCGUUCUGCGUAGGUUCUUGUGAGAACAUCAGAGCAGUGUGUAGUCUAGUGCCAUCGAGUUCUGCCUUCAUAGUCCAACAUCCCGGAAAGAUUCAUACGCGUAACCUCUGUAAAUAUCUCCACACGAUCGGGUCUUGGACCAAAUAUCGAUUCAAUUAACUAUCACUUACGACAUCUUGAAGUUCAGCCAGAUUAUUUAUCAGCCGCUUUGAAUGUAUGUGGUAAGAUUUUUUUUUUUUUUUUUUUUUACUAGCAAAAUAAUAUUUCUGUACAUGACCGUUUUGUACUGAAUUGUAAUGCCAAAAGAGAAGCUUUAUGGAGAUGAAAUGUCCGUUUCUGUAGACGUUUGUCGCAUUGGCCUGAGUUUCACGAGGACAGGUUUUGGGCCAAAAUCCUCCUGCAGUCUCAUCCUCUUCUUCUUCUGUCUGCAGACCUCAUUCUAAUGACGAUGCCAUCAAAACCUUCUGAAAUAUAAAAGACUGAUUAUUUUCUUCUCUGUCCCGGUAAUGUGACUGAUGUUUGGCCAAAUUAAUCUCUGGUUCCUGUUUAAACACAAAUGUCGCACAUUCAGUCUGUAAAUAUAAAGUGUGUGCAGAAUAAAUGGGAUCAUGUGACCUCUGUGUGGCGUCCAUGAUAGUUUGAUUGUUCAAUAAAGAAUAAACUCGUGUUAUUUCUGCAA